AUGUACUGCCAGAAGUGCCGCCAGCCGCUGAGGCUGGACAGCUCUCUCGACGACCUCAACCCAGCUGCUUAUGACCUUUUGGUUUCAGCAUCGUCCUCGCCAGCUACGAAAGCCUCCGCCCCACGACCGUCGAUUCUUCAGGCCCAAGAGCAAUCACGAAGGUCACUCUACGACAAGGUAUCGCAGAACGCCGGGCCUCCAACCUUCAAGAGAUACCGAGGCAGCCAGCCUCGCGAUUCUACAAUGUCGUUCAUAUAUCUUACCGAGUCACAAGUUGGGCAUCCGCUGUCUCCUCAGCAACAGCAAAAAGAACGAGCUGUAGUCCCCCGAUCCAGUACGAACGGAGCCCCCGAAGACGAGCCUCAGUCAAAUAAGAGAGACGAUCUAGACAAGAUUAAUCGACUAUUUGAGAUAUUAUCCGCCAGAUCCGAUAUCGAUCACCCUGUAUGUGUGGACUGUACCGAGUUGCUAGUCGAAGGGCUGCAGAAGAAGCUCGAUUCAGCAUCAAAAGAAAGGGACGCCUAUGUGCAAUAUCUGAAAGAUACUCAAAAUAACCAACCGAGUGAGGAGGAUGUCAAAUCUUGGAAGGAGGCCCUGAAGAAGGCAGAGAAAGACAAGGCCGCCGCUAUGACAGAGUUGAAAAGGCUGGAGGCCGAGAAAGAUGCUCUGGACGAUGAGAUAUGGGCACUGGAGGAGGAGUCACAACGAUUAAAUAAGGAGGAAGAGAAAUUCUGGAGGGAAAGAAACGCCUUUGCUACCAAGAUGGCAGAAUUCCAGGCCGAGCGAGACAGCAUUAAUGCCAAGUAUAACAACGACUCGCAGCUGCUUGAGAAGCUACAACGAUCCAAUGUCUACAACGAUACGUUUUGCAUCAGCCAUGACGGAAGCUUCGCUACUAUCAACGGCCUGCGCCUUGGCAGGCUCUCAAACAAGCCUGUGGACUGGCCAGAAGUCAACGCUGCUUGGGGUCAUGCUCUGCUCCUACUGGUGACAGUUGCGGACAAGCUUGGAUACAAAUUCCAGGGCUACGAUCCGUUACCUUUGGGUAGCACCUCCAAAAUCGUACGAUAUGAACUGCCCAAUCCGGCAUCCAGCAGGCUAGGCGUACGGUCGAUGAAUGGGCCCCCUAAGAAACAGGUCCUAGAACUAUACAGCUCUGGCGACAUGCCACUUGGGCUAACAUUUAUGCACCGCAAAUUCGACACUGCCAUGGUCGGGUUCCUCGAGCUAGUUCGCCAGCUUGGUGUCUUCGUUCAACAAGAGACAGAAUCAACGGGUACACCGUUGACACUGCCUUAUAAAAUUGAAGGGGACAAGAUAGGAGAUACCAGCAUCAAGCUUGGUAUUGCGCAGGAUGAUGGAUGGACCAAAGCAUGCAAGCUCACACUUACUUGCUGUAAGUUUCUGCUGGCCCAUGCAAGCAAUGUGACCUCAAAUGCGCGAAAUGCAACUCAGUGA